AGCCAAUGCACGAACACGAAAACGAGUCGCGACCAAUUUAUAGCUUGAGUUUUUACGUUGCAUUGACGUUAUUUCUUCUUGCUGCCCGAGAGGUGGUAGUUUUGCUGGCGGUCCUUUCUUGCUGCUCUCUCUCUCUCCAGCAGCAGCAGUAGCAGCAGCAGCAGCAAUGUCGGGGUUCAAUCUGCUGCACCUGGUGACCAAAAGCCAACCUGUGGCUCUCAAAGCCUGCGGGCUCCCCUCAGGAACAUGCCGCAGCAAGAAGACAUGGCCUGUCACUUUCCCCCAAGAGGAGUUGAGAAAGCGUCUGACGCCCAUGCAGUACCAUGUCACUCAGGAGAAAGGCACAGAGAGUGCCUUUACAGGGGAGUACGCAGACAACAAAGAAGAGGGAACCUAUACAUGUAUCGUCUGUGGAGCACCACUGUUCACAUCAGAUAAGAAAUUCGACUCUGGAUCAGGAUGGCCGUCCUUCUUUGAUCUGAUAAAAGAGGAAUCAAUAACACUGACAGAUGACUUCUCCUAUGGCAUGCACAGAGUGGAAACCACCUGCAGUCAGUGUGGGGCUCACCUGGGCCACCUGUUUGAUGAUGGACCCCGUCCGACAGGAAAGCGCUACUGCAUAAACUCUGCAUCCCUUGGCUUCCAACCAAAGAACAAGGCUGCCCCUUGCAACAGCAAUGGACCAGAGGCUAGUGGAGGUACAGGGUCCUGCAAAACUAAGCUCUAAGGAGGAUUUCUGAAAGAGAACGGUUGCCUCGACCAGUUGAAGACCGGUUUAAUGCUGUAAAUUCCAGCCAUGUAUUCACACCUCUCAUAUUUAUGCAAGAUCAUUACAAAAAUACAUUCAUCACACCAAAUAUGUAUCAGUACUCCAGUGUAAUUGUAUGAGUGGCCAUGUUUGUUCCAUAAGUCAGUGAUAACUGCAGGUCUAAAUAUUACAAAUAGUGACAGCCAGGGAUACAUGGUCUCAGACUUAUGCCGUGCAAUAGUUUUGAAUAUUUUACAGGAAGCUUUUGAUAGUGUAAAACUACAGACUAUAGUGAAAAGCCUUUGCUUGGAAAUGAAUUAUAUAUGUGUACUUUCUCAGAGCAAUGUGUUAUUUUUGAAGUGACAUUUGAUACGGGGAGGUCGGUAGUUUAAGGAAAACUCUAUGCAAGUACUCCUGUGAGCGGUAAAAUAAGCAGCAAGCUGAGAACAAAGCAUUCUUUCAAAUAAAACGGAACAGAUGACCCAUGUUUAGUCUGAACACAAAUGUAGCCUGACUUUUAAGGGUGCUUUCUCGUCUCCCGCCUCUCGGUGCCUCUUACAAUGUUGUAGAAUAUUUUUCUGGGUUUGAUUUUCAUGAUUGUUUUGAGAAGUGCUAUUAAAGAAUUAUACAAUAAAAUGUUAUGAACUUGAGAAAUCUA